CACACCGGAAAUGCACCUUCCCAAACAUUGUUGUGUAGCUAGCUAGCUAACGUUAGCCUACUUGCCUUGAGUGGGCUGUCAUUAAUGAAAGUGAAGCCUUAUUCCAUCAGAAGGACAUCUUAGCAGGGAAACUGGAAAGAAGCAAGGCUGUUAUGUGGCCUGAGAAGUCGGGCCCUGGAUGCUCUCCUCACUAGUUCUGAAGAUUGGACACAACAAUGACACUAUAAAGGACACUAACAAAAAGGCAGCAUGUCUUCAGGUCACCGGCUGCGAGAUGUAGAGCAACACCACCCCCUGCUGGACGGGGAGGAGGCUGCAGUGGGUUCCGCAGAAGGGGAGGCGGAGCAAGUGUGGUUCAUCCAGGAUGGCUGUGGCAUGGUCUGUGCCUUCAUCACCUGGUUCCUGGUGCUCUACGCCGACUUUGUGGUCACCUUUGUCAUGCUGCUGCCCUCCAAGAGCUUCUGGUACGCUGUGGUCAACGGCGUGGUCUUCAACUGCCUGGCUGUGCUAGCUCUCACCUCGCACCUGCGCACCAUGCUCACCGACCCGGGAGCUGUGCCCAAAGGCAACGCCACCAAGAAGUACAUGGAGAGCCUGAACCUGAAACCAGGAGAGGUCAUCUAUAAGUGUCCCAAAUGCUGCAGCAUCAAACCUGAGAGAGCCCACCACUGUAGUAUUUGUAAGCGCUGCAUCCGUAAGAUGGAUCACCACUGUCCCUGGGUGAACAACUGUGUCGGAGAGAACAACCAGCGCUUCUUUGUCCUCUUCACUAUGUAUAUAGCGAUGAUCUCCACCCACGCUCUUGCCCUGAGUGGGUACCAGUUUGUAACCUGUGUCAAGGUCCAGUGGAGUGAGUGCAGUGACUUUGCCCCCCCGGUGACAGUGAUGCUGAUGAUCUUCCUCUGCCUGGAGGGCCUCCUCUUCCUCAGCUUCACAGCUGUCAUGUUUGGCACUCAGGUCCACUCCAUCUGCAACGACGAGACGGAGAUUGAGCGUCUGAAGAAGGAGAAGCCCACGUGGGAGAGGCAGGUUCGCUGGGAGGGCAUGAGGAGUGUGUUUGGGGGCAAGCCGUCACUGCUGUGGAUCAACCCAUUUGCCGGGCUCCGACUGCGCCGACUACUCGCCACACGCUCCCGGAAAGCCGGCGCCGAGUUCUCUGUCUGACCUCUCACCUUAUCACCAGCUUCCUACUGUACUGUCUGGGACAAUCUGUAGAACCUGACUCAGGAGCUGUCUUUGACACCAGGGUCCUGUUCAUUUCAGGCACCAAACGGACUCAAACAGGGAAGGUACUAUCCGGACUUGUCCGAUAAGAAACGCUCAUUUUUGUUUUCUGUUGCAAAAUGUUUUCCAUCACGUGUCCUAAUGAACACGACCCAGCUACAAGGAAGACUGAAGUUCUAUCCAACAGUAUGGACAAUGGUGCUUCUGAACAUCACGUCUGUAUAGGUCACAUGGAGCAGGAGUCAAAACUAUCGAGAAACCCAUCGAAACCUGUUUAAAGAUCAAAUGAAGGUGCGCUGUAGUCCUAAAACAGACUGAAACACUACAUACUGCACAGUUACAGGAAGCCUACAGGGAGGAGGAUUCACUUCAUCUGUUUAUUUAUUGACUUGUUUUUAAAACACUCACUGUUGUGUUCUUCUCUUCCUGUCACUCUGGGGGGGUUGACUGAGUAAAGCCUAAUUUAUACCUUACAUCCUCUCUCUGGCUCCUUAUCUCCUCUCUCUCUCUGUGUCUCCUUAUCUCUGUGCCUCCUUAUCUCUCUCUCUCUCACAUGGUUGUGUACUUCUCUUCCUGUCACUCUGGGGGUGUUUGAGUGAGUAAAGCCUAAUUUAUACCUUACCUACAGUACAUGCACAACGCAAGAACGCAAUUAGCUACGCAAUGUUGUGUACUUGUGUCGACUUACAAAUUGCUGGACUGCACACGUCUGUGUAUUUUGUCUACGCAACUAGCCGGAUCGCCAUUUUGCGUAGCUAAUUGUAGUUCUUGCAUCCUAUGUAUAAAAUGAGGCUUAAGGGUCCCUACCUGACAGUAGCUAGCUGUACCUCUGGAAAAAAAUGUGCUAGAAUUGGUGUUAACCACUACUAUAUCCAUAUCAUGUUUUUUUAUGAAUAUAUUGCUGGAUAUAUUGCUUGAGAAUCAUGUUUUUGCCUAAAUGUCAGUUUACAUUCUCUGUAUUGCAUUUUCUUUUAUACCUAAAAAAUACAUGUUUACCGCUUGUAGGAGUUGAGUUGGGGUGGGGAAGGAGGAGUAUAAAAUGAAUAAUUAAUGGUUGCCAGCAAGAUGGUAGAGAAAUACUAGAAUCAGCAGUUUGGAUUCUGCAUGAGGCAUUCACAUAAAGUUUUAGUAAUGUGUCUGACAAAUUUGCUGUGACGUGGACAAUUGAAAGGCAUAGGAACUAAUUUCAUUAGCGAAAGGUUAGCAUUGAACCCUUGAUCAUUAUUUUAAUGGGAAGUAUGCUAUGAUAAUUUAUUUAACUGUGCUCUGAUUUAAAAAUGUAGACUUAGCGAUGCACAAAGGAAACAGCAAUAUCGGGCCAAUUUCCGCAACAACUAACAGCGUUGAAGCGCGAGGCUAAACUUCUCUGCUGUUAUGGUCCUUUAGCUACCACGUUGUAGCAUUGUGAAGAACACCUGUGGCCAGAUACUCUGACUUCCUCACAAGUAUUCCAUUCUACAGUACACUCCCCUAUGUACACAGGGGACUUUCCUGUCACGCUGAUCGUAAGAUGUAUGAUUCUGAAAUUCUGAGCAAGUCUGAGUAACCAUUAUAAUUUUAUAUUUUUUUAUUUGACAUAAAUGUUUUGAAGACAUGAGGGACUGUAAAGGAAUGUAUUAGGACUGAGUUGUUUUAAAAUAUUCUGUUAGGAGAUUAUACAGUAUGUUAUGUACUUCUGUUUUGAAAGCUUUCAGUUUUUGCGUAGCUACAUUUACUGUGCUCCCAUUAAAUCAACUUCAUUUCUACCUCUAAAA